UAACUAGCUCCAAACUAGCUCUCAGUAAUCAGUUGCACACACAUAGGUUGCACAGCUCAGUUGUGCGCAGAAAAACAUUCGAGUCAGUGGUUAGAUGUCAAAUCUUUUCGCAUUUUUAUUUAUUAAUUAUGACGUGUUGUUCGGUAUUAGAGUGCAAAAAUGAAAGCAAGCGAAAAAACAUCAGUAAUGGAGGUAUUUCAUACCAUCGAUUUCCCAAAGAGGCUAAUAUAAAAGAGAAGUGGAUAAAUGCAACGGGACGAGUUAACUGGAUGCCAACAAAAUUUAACACUAUAUGCUCAGCACAUUUUUUAAAUGACGAUUUUUUAAUCUCUAAUAAAGGCCACCGUUACAUCAAACCCACGGCAGUUCCAAGAUUGAAGAUAAUGCAUUAUGAUCCACAAAAUAUCACUUGUGCUACAUCUUCAAAACAGGAUAGCAAUUUAUUGAGCUCUGACUUAGCUGUGAGCAAAAAAAGGAGAAUUUCCACCGAUUUGGAGGCAACUCCCAAAGCAACCAUUCUAAAACCCGAAAUCCAGACCCAGCAGUUUUGUGAUAAUAGUUCUGGUGGUUCAAAUUAUUCUUCGCCUACAAAAAAUAAAGUGAUAAGUCACUUGCGUUUUUGCCAUGAAAAAAUUCGCAAACAAGGCUUGAAAAUAAAACGGUUGCAAACGCAAAAUCGGAGGCUGAAAAAGAAAAUCAAUCAUCUUGAUGAACUGUUACUAAAGCUAGAAGAAAAAUUUGCUAUGACGAAAGAGAAUUUGGAUUGCCUUCAAAAUAUUAAAAUCGAGGUUACUUAUUUAAGUUUCAACUACUACUAGAUUCUGCUGAUCGACAAGUAUCUUUAUCAACCUCAUUAAAUCUAAUAAUUUGGCUGAUUUUUUUUCUUUUUUUUACAGGUUCGAUCGGCAGAAAUGUUUUAAAUUAUAACAGCGGAGUCAUUUCUAGGAAGAAAUAUUCUAGAGCCCUUCGCGCUAGAUUUGCUCUAACGUUGCAUUAUUCACCUAAGGCGUAUGAUUACGUUCGCAAAACAUUUCAAACAAGCCUGCCACAAACCCGAACGUUGAAAAAUAGGUAUUCCAAAAUUGAAGGAGAGCCCGGAUUUACAACAGAGGCAAGCAAGAAGCUUUGAAACAAAAAGCGAACGCGUCUAAAUAUCCGUUGUUAGCCACAUUAAACAUUAGUAACGGUUGAAAUGAAUAUUCACCGCUAUGGGCAAUAGGAUGGUCAAAAGUUUCACGGAUACGUUGAUAUGGGUACGGGAUUAGGUCACUUGCAGAUUACCGAUACACAGCGCAGUGAACUAGUAAAACAUUGCAAUUGAUCCAUAAAUCUGGCGUUCGGAUAGUUGCUCUUGCUUUCGUCGGUUGCCCAGCGAAUAUUUGUAUGGCUAAAUAUUUUGGUUGUUUUUUUGAGGAACAAAAUAUUAUUGAGUUAGAAUAUCCGGUCACAAAAGAUGCAAUAGUUACAAUCUUAGGUCCUUGACAUAUUAUGAUCAAAUUGAUAAGGAACUCAUUCGAAAUGUACAAAACUUUCAUGGAUAUAGAUGGAAAUAAAAUCCAAUGAAGACAUCUUGUUCGACCUAUUAAACUAAAAUAAUAUGAUGAAACCUAACCUAAAUAAGACAAACGAAUACUGGAAACUGUAUGUUAUUGAAACAUAUAUUUCCUGUUCUUCAGUCAUAGACAAGAUAAAUAAAAGCGUAUUGCAAGACAGCGAACAAUCGUCAUUAAACCAACCAAACGAAAACGAAAUUGAAGAGCUGGGGGGUUACUUUUCGGAUUUCAGGCUUCAGCACGCUAGUCAAGGGUUAUCGUAUGCUACAUCGUAGAGCAUUGAUGACAAAAAUUAAAUGCGAUAUGUGUGUUAACGCGUUGGUGAUACAUCACUUUGAAACGUUCCGUAUGCUUAUUAUUGUGAUAGAUUGAGGGAUAAACCCGUCCCCCUAUUCUUCGCCAGAUGUAGUAAAAAUAUGCGAAGCAGCUGAAACAUUUUUGAAAAACGUUAAUUUAGGUAAUUAUGUGUGGGUUUAUAGGAACUAGUGUAUUUAAUAAUAUUGCCCCCCAUCAAUUUGGAGAAUUUUCUGCGUUUAAUCACAUUACUGACUUAAUGAAAGCCAUAAUAAUUGAAAAAAAAAAUAUAUAAAUGUUCGAAUACACCAUUAACUUAAAUUAAGACCAAAAGAGUUUUCCAAACAUCAGUUUUUCAACAAAUACAUAUUAUUCCAGGGUUUGUAAAUAAAUAUUAUUUUGCUAUAUCUACAUGUUGUAACUAAAUAUGAAACAUUACAAUGUAAUAUUGACAUGAUUUUAUAAGAGCAACUAUGGAGGUUCUUUUCCGAUGCUUCUCCAUAGAAAAGUUGGAUUGUUAUUGUUUGGAUAACAAUCCAAGUUAGUUAAUUUUUCUAUGUAUUUUGUAAAUAUAGAUUUCUACGUAUUUUGUAAAUAUAGAUUUCUACGUAUUUUGUAAAUAUAGAUUUCUACGUAUU